AUGGCGGCUGGCGCAGCCGGCCUUCGGGUUGGCAAAGGAAAUCAGCUCGGCAAGAGUCUAUCCUUUGUCCUAUUGACGUUUCAAAACUCGGCCCUGAUAUUGGUUAUGCAUUAUUCAAGAGUCAUGCCCCCGGAUGGCGACCACAGAUAUUUUACGUCAACCGCUGUUUUCCUCCAUGAAGUCAUCAAGCUAGCCGUCUCUCUCACGCUUGCCUUGUACGAGACUUCGGAAACCCUUGCGCCCAGCACACCUGCCACUGUCCUCUUCGAGCAAAUCUACAAUGGCGUCUUUUCAGUGGAUGGGUGGCUCAUGGCUGGGCCUGCUGCCCUCUACACUGUGCAAAAUCUGCUGCAAUAUGUCGCGGUUGGUAACCUGGAUCCGGUUCACUUUCAGGUUCUAUAUCAAGUAAAGAUCAUCAUCACGGCCGUUUUCAGCGUCAUGCUUCUCCGCCGCCAGCUCGGUUCAAAGGGCUGGGUGUCACUCGUUCUACUCACCUGCGGUGUCUGCAUCGUUUCUCUGCCAUCAUCCGAGAGGGCAAGCGACAAGUUCCUGCUGCACGGGGUUCCAGAUCAUUUCUUUCCCCGAUCGAAACACGAACUCGGUCAAACGGUGGCUGGAGCCAGCGUACCCGAGCCUGCCCUGCAUCUUAGCAAACGGUCUGCUACGUACGAAGGCAUUGCCAAGGAUAUGCCGCCCGCCGAACCCAUGAUGAACUUCUCUGUUGGCCUACCAGCCGUCUUGAUCUCUGCUACCGUGUCAGGACUUGCGGGAGUCUAUUUUGAAAAGCUGCUCAAAGAGAGUUCCACCAAUGCUACUCUUUGGGUGCGCAACGUCCAGCUGAGCUUCUACUCCCUCAUUGCCGCCUUCCUGGGCGGUUGCAUAUACCAAGACGGUGCUGGCAUCUGGGAACACGGUUUCUUCGAAGGCUACAAUGCGGUUGUGUGGACGGCAGUCUUGCUUCAGGCCGCUGGCGGUCUGCUGGCUAGCCUCGUUAUUCGCGAUGCGGACAAUAUUGUCAAAAAUUUUGCGACAAGCAUCAGCAUUGUUAUAAGCUUCAUUGUCAGCGUGUUUAUUUUUGAUUUCCCCGUCAACGCAACUUUCCUGACUGGUACCUCACUGGUCCUCCUUGCCACGUACAUCUACAGCGUUCCUGAACGCAGACUCCACCGCCCACCCCCCGUACGUAUCGUGAGCUUCGAGAAGCCGGCCAUCGAGGAAGUCGGUACUCCGCUACACACACCCCGCGCAGCGGAUCCCCGCCGGUUGAACACGGAUCCAUUUACCAGCCAAGGCCUGGGUAAAUCAAGCAGCCGACCGGGAAGUCCAAUGUUGCCGAGGACAGCGAGCCGUUCUCAUUUUCAUGGACAGGAUCCGUGA